AUGUCUAGACAUGCUGCACUUGUUCGAAUCACAUCCAAAUGGAUCCAUUAUAAACUUGUAGAAUACAUGUGGGACAAUAUGCAUUAUUUACUGCCCAUGAAGACAACUCGACGCGGGCGACCAGGGGGUGCGCUCCGCACCCCCGACGCUCGGGGGUGCGCUCGACGUUCGGGACGCUCGACGCGGUGGCGUGCUCGACGCCCGACUGCGUGGAGUGCCGUUGAAUUGGGGCCCUCGCUCGGGGUGCGCUCGACGCUCGGGGGUGCGCUCGACGCUCGGGACGCUCGACGCGGUGGCGUGCUCGACGCCCGACUGCGUGGAGUGCCGUUGAAUUGGGGCCCUCGCUCGGGGGUGCGCUCGACGCUCGGGGGUGCGCUCGACGCUCGGGACGCUCGACGCGGUGGCGUGCUCGACGCCCGACUGCGUGGAGUGCCGUUGAAUUGGGGCCCUGCCAAUCACGCAGGUUGGGACACUGGUUUUCAAACCGUAGCAGUACAGCUAUGCUUUGGUUGGGCGAGUGCGAGAUUUGGCAGGCAAUCGAGAGCGAACAGGCGGGACAGGCGGCGAGAGCGGAGCGAGAAGGUGCGGAGCGAGAAGGUGCGGAGCGAGAAGGUGCGGAGCGAGAAGGGUGGUGGCGUAGCUGGCCGAGGAGACAAGAACGCGCGCAAGAGUGCACAUGCGAGAGGAUGCGCAGAUCCUGGGAUGGUGCGCAAGCGAGACGGCGGGACAGCAAGACGACAGCUUACUGUCGAUGUUCUCGAGGUAGAAGCCGCCCGGCCAGAUGUUGUCGAGCAAGCCCUCCCGGAAGUACACCCUGCAUGGUGGUUCGACUCUGGAGCUACAAGGCUGCUCGCGAGACCACUGGCGGACACGAAAAAGCUGACGCGCUUGCUCAGCGGGCUCGACGCUCGCGAGGAGCGACACACCACCGUGCCCAGCGCAUGCCGAACUCAACCGCGCGUUUCCGUUCAGGCGGCGCGAAGGGUGAAGGCGAGCGGACAGGCGGGCGAGAGCGGACAGGCGGGCGAGAGCGGACAGGCGGGCGAGAGCGGACAGGCGGGCGAGAGCGGACAGGCGGGCGAGAGCGGACAGGCGGGCGAGAGCGGACAGGCGGGCGAGAAGGUGCGCGUGGAGAAGGUGCGCGUGAGCGGGCGCGAAGGCGAGGACAGUCAAUUGUAA